CCGGACUGUUGGUUAGUUGUUAAUUUGAUUUGGUUAACUUUCGUUUUUUUUGCCACUUCAUUCCAACGUUAUAAUCAACGUUUUUUUGUUUUCUCUUUUAACCAUCUUUAAUUUGUUAACACUAAUCAAUUGACUCUGUUUGUGCUUUUAAUUGGAAACGUUUUUUCUCUCAGCUUUUUUGGCCUUUUCUAUUAAAUCGAGAAUCUGGUUGCUUUUGGUUUAACAGACAAUUUUACUUUUUACCGCAUUUUUCCUUCAACCAGACUUUUGUGCCACACUGAGUCUUUCAUCGAGUCUUAUUUAUUUUGAUAAGUGCCUGGUUUAUGUGAUUUACCCAUUUGGUUAACCUGUUUGCUUUUUUUUCUGGUUAAAAUUUUCGGCUUCACUUUUGUUAGUAAUUCUGGUCAACAUUGGAUUAAAGCUCUAGGAAUAAAGUGUUUAAUUUGUGAUUUUCAUUGUUUUUUAAUGAUCACCUCAACUCUAAAAUGGGAUCAACUGUUAACCAUAUUGUUCAUCAACCUAAUCAACAAUCACAAUCAUCUUCCACAACAACAUCUUCAACAUCAUUAUCUACAGUGACAACCGUUAAUGAUAAUCAAAAUGAAGUGAAUCGCUCAAAUGAGCAACAACCACAAUUGAUGAGUAACCAUGUUAAUCAUGUUGAAUGUAAUAAUAAUAAUAAUGGGAUCAACCCUGGGUUUAUUAGUGAAAGUAACAUGACAACAAAUGUAACAACACCGCCAAUGAGCCAUAAUGAUCAACCUCAAGGAACCAUUUUAAGGCAACCCUUGAUCGGGUCCAACACAAGGCGAACCCUCAAAGGAUUAUGGCCAAACGGAUUAUCACCUUUUUUUGCAUCGCUUUUGUGUUGUGCUAAUUUUUAUACAAUUUGUCGUUUCUCAAUAUUGACUUAUUUCCUUAAAGGUCCAUUUUUAAUUGAAUUUACCUUCAUUAGUAUUAUUUUUGGUCUUCCUUUUUUACUCUUUCUUAUGGUCCUUGGUCAAUAUCUUGGCUCGGGUUACCUUGAUAUGUGGUUUAUAUCACCAAUCUUUAAAGGAAUUGGUGUAGCCUUUCUGUUCUGUUAUACAAUCAUUUCAAUUUACAGUGUUAUUCCAAUUUCAUGGUUACUCGUUUACCUGAGAGAUUCAUUCCUAACAACCAGAGAUUCGGCAUAUAAAUGGACUUAUUGCAACAGAAGGUUCAACGGUGAGAGGUGCUUUAAAGCAUGGAAUAGUUCAACUUAUGCAAACGACUAUCUUGGCUGGUCAGUAUCUGGCUAUUAUCACAACACUGUUUUAGGUCAACAAGAUAAUGGUCGUUUCUCUGCCUACGCCAAGCUCAAUAUUAUUCUGAAUCUCGCCUUGAUUUGGAUUCUGAUAUUUGUUCUGCUCUUCCGUGGUAUUCAUCAUUCAUCGAGAAUGAUCAUCUUCUUUGGAACUUUUCCUUUCAUCAUGUUUACCUUUACUAUUAUACGAUUUGUUGAAGAGUUUGGGGCUGGAAUUAGUUCGCUUUUUGUUCUAACCGACAGUUCUAAAGCCUUUCUAGGAGAUUCAACUUCAUGGUAUCUUGCUGCGAGAGAAUCGUUUAUUGUCUGGAUUCUCUUUGGUUCCAUAAUUCAAACAAUUUAUGCUUCAUCUCGACCCGGUGUUUCCCUCAUUAAGCACUGUUCCGUCCUUUUCCUUGUAACCAUUACACUUCUGGUUUCUUCAAGUUUCUUCCUCGCUUCUUGUAUGCACAUAAUUUCUUCAUCAAAACUGGAAUAUACUUUUUCGUCUUUCGAAAAGUAUGGAACCGUCAAUUUUGUUCGAGAUUCACCUGGAACUACAUAUCGGCCGAGUGUUACCCUUGAAUCGGGCGUUAAUCUAUUUUUGGGCGAAAAUUUAUUUUCUUCCGAGUCGAAGACGUACCUAAGUCAAUAUCAAGUUUUGCGUUGGGCCACUGAAAUCAUGCCUUUAGCUUUGGCCUUGAAAGGUUCUCGAGUAAUUUCUUCCUUUUGGGCGACUUCCUUUUACCUUUCAGGUAUUCUCAUAUCAUUUGGCAGUCACCUUGUUCUUUGGGGAACUUUGAUUGAAGCAAUCAUUUCAAUUUCACCCGAUUCAUUGCGUCAAUCAAAGACUACAAUUGCAUUUAUAACUUCACUCAUUGGCUUUUCAGUUUCAGUUGCCAUCAAUUCAUGGAUCAAUGAUCAUAUAAUAUACUUUUUAGAUUCGUGUUUUGCAUCCAUUUGUUGGAUCGCCUGUCUCUACAUGCUCAUGGUUUCGGUUAUUUUCGUGGUUCGAGGUAAGCCCUGUACACCUCAUGAUCUAGUCUCCAACUUGACCAAGGAUCAAAAGAUAAUUUCAUGGUUAACACCGAUAUUAACCUUCCAUUGGAGCUUAGUGGUUACAGCAAUUCUCACGAUUCUGUCGAUACUAUUUACUCGCUCUUACCUUGGAUUUGAACUGUCUUGGUUCAACAUCAGUUUCAUGUAUCCAUUUUGGUCUUUUAAGGUCGCUAUCGUCUGGAACAUUUUGCAACUGGCGCCACUCUACAUUGUCAGUAUUUAUGGGUUGACGCUAUUUUUUAUGUCACUUUGUACUUCUCGAUCUUUACCCUUGUCUGUGAGGUUGAAGGACCUUUUCGCACCCGAAAUUACCAUUUACGAACCCGACAUUCCGUCCUUUUUCCUCGAUCCUUCGGGUCAACCAUAUCGACUGCCAGCCUCUAUGCACGGCCAUCAUCCUCAUCCACAUCACCGUCACCACCAUCACCAUCAUCACCAUCAUCAUCCUCAUUAUCUCACCGAAUCUGGCCUAUCUCCCGAUCCACCGCCAAAAUAUUCACCGCCGCCUUCAUAUUCAUCAGCCACUGCGAAACCCUUAAUGAAACAAUUUCGAUCACGAAUUUCAUCGACUCUUGAUCGAACCUUUCCCCGAGAUUCCCAAGGAAUUGUCAUUUCUCCUGCAAACCUUAACCAACUCGAUGAAACUAACGAAUCAAGCAAACGUCCUAAACGACCUAAAAUAUCAACUAAAAGUUGAAACGCAAUCAAGAGACUCGAUUACUUUUGCGUUAACAUUAAAUUUCACUGUUGAUUCCAAAUGCCAUUCCUAAUCAUCUAGUCGUUUCGUUGCCUGUUUUUGUCACUAUACUUUUCCUGCCCAAAUGCACAUUGUAAUAUGAGAUAAAGUUAAUUUUUUAAAAAAUAAAUUAAUGUUGAAAGUUAAA